AUGUCAUCACCUCAAUCCCCGAUCAUUCAUGAUUCAAGCGGAAGUUCAGGGUCCCAGGACAUUGCACACGCCGAUUUGCGCCACACUGAGCUCGAUAAUUCAGGCAACUGGCAAUAUAAGAAGCUUGAUACCUCUAAGAGCGAGAUACGUCUCUUGAGACUGCCUUCUAAUUGUCAAAGUGGCGAAGCCCAGUCCUUCAAGUGUGUCAUAGAUCAUUUCUCGCUCGUAGGUCCUCCGGCCUACACUGCGCUCUCUUACCCGUGGGGCGACCAACAUGAUAAACUACCAAUAUUGAUCAACUACGACGUCGAUCAUACCGGCGAAUCGCUCGGCUAUUCUAAAACUCAUGUCUUACGCGUUGGACGCAAUCUUUACAACGCUCUCUCAAAUCUCGCCUAUCUUGGUUACGAGCGAGUCUGGGCAGAUGCUCUUUGUAUCAAUCAGCAGGAUGUUGAGGAACGCAGCCAACAGAUUUUGCGUAUGGACGCAAUCUACCGAAGUGCACGCGAUGUCGUGGUAUGCCUUCCGGACACGGGCCGCCUAGAGACACACACCCUUCCUCUCUUCAGUGAGAUGUGGGAGUACGAGAGCGCUAUUCGAUUACUGGAAAGAAGAAGCCUCACCGGCGAUAUUGAGUCCAGCCAAGAUCCAGAUGAACAUGUCAAAUUAUCGGAUCUGAUUGCUCGUUAUCGUGAACCGUGGAAGAAGAACUUGCGCGCAAUCUAUCAGUUUUUCACUCAUCAAUACUGGGCCCGUGUAUGGAUCCUUCAGGAACUGGCCUUUGGUGUGAAAGUUGACAUCGUUUGUGGUUCACAGCGAAUUCCUUUUGCUUGCGUGGAAAAGGCAAUUGACAUCGUUCAACGCCUUGCUUUCUUGAAAAAUGUCUCCGGCAUUCAGCAAGUCAACACAAUCAUUGAAAUCAGGGCCCAAGUCAGGAGCGCAGACCCUCUCCGGCUACUGGAUAUUCUUCAACGCUCGUACAAAUCGCAGUCGUCUAACAUGCUCGACCGUGUGUAUGGGGUUUAUGGCCUGCUGGUCGCCAAAUUGGUUCGCACCGAGUCUAUGGAGCGACGCUCGACGAAGACGACAUUUUUUGCGGCCUCAAUCAAUAGUCGGACCAUAUCAACAACGAUCUUUCAGCUGGAAUGA